CAUCUUAAAUUUCCACACAAAAAUAAUUUCAAUAUCUUCACCAUCUUUUCAAUCUCAAAAUCACCACCACAUUUCCAAUCUUAUUGUUCAAUUCCACCCCUACCAGCCAUGGCCGCCGCCGUGAUCAUGGCCUCUACAAAACCACUCAUCUCACUCUCCUCCACCCUCCCCACCACCACCACCACCGCCACCAAACCCAAACUCCACCUCCCCCACUUCACAAAACUACCAAAAAUCACCAAAACCCAAUUAACAUCUCUGAAAUCAAUCUCCCUCCUCGCCGCCACCUCAUUCACAUUCGCACCGCCGUCACUCGCCGUUGAAAUAGAAAAGGCCGCUCUCUUCGACUUCAACUUAACCCUCCCAAUCAUGAUGGUCCAGUUCUUGCUACUCAUGGUGGGCCUCGACAAGCUUUACUUCAGCCCACUGGGUAACUUCAUGGACGAACGAGAUAAGUCCAUUAAAGAAAAGCUGAGCAGCGUUAAGGACACUUCGUCGGAGGUGAAGCAGCUGGAGGAGCAAGCUGCGGCGGUUAUGAGGGCGGCGAGAGCGGAGAUUUCGGCGGCGCUUAGUAAGAUGAAGAAGGAAACUCAGGCCGAGUUGGAGGAGAAACUCGCUGAGGAGAAGAAGAAAAUUGAAGCGGAAUUGCAAGAGGCGUUGGUGAAUUUGGAGAAUCAGAAGGAGGAGACAAUUAAGUCUCUUGAUUCUCAGAUUGCUGCUCUUAGUGAUGGCAUUGUUAAGAAGGUUCUUCCUGUUUAAUAAUUCUGUUUUUUUUUUAGUUUAUGAUUUGAUGUUUAUAUGUGUUGUCCAAUACUUUUUAAUGGGUUUGUAAUAAUUAUAAUUAAUGAGAGAAUUUUAAUUGUAAUCA